UAGUUUUUGAAGAAGGAUGUGGUUGUCCGACGGUGUUCCUACAAGGAGCCGCUGUGCGGCAAGCGGCCUGCGUUGAAUCGUUUGGGCAAGCUGCACUGCGCCACUGCGCCACUGCGCCACUGCGCUGUGCUGUAUGUUCCGAUGGCGAAACGACCAGUGGAGUCGGAGUCUGAGGAGAUGCAGGAAAUGCUUCCAGAUCUCAAGCUAUGCCCAAAGCGGCUUCGGGGAUUGAAGCAGAGCCUCAUCCAGAAGGUCAAUGAGGACUACUUUGCGAUGCUGAAAGACCAUCAUCGAAAUGAGUUCUACUGGAAUGCUAUGGCAAACGUCGGCAGACAUCGUGUCUUGGACAUUGGUGCUGGCACAGGGCUCCUCUCAUUGAUGGCGGCCAAGAGAGGUGCCACGGUUCUCAGUGUGGAGGAAAGUGCAGACAUGGCAGAGCUGGUGCGAGAAAGUGCUCGACACAAUGGUCUGGAGCAGAGCAUCCGCGUCCUUGACGGUCACAGCACCGCCAUCGACCUUCCAGAUGAGGAGAGAACGAGAAGAGAAGGCUGAUCUCAUCGUCUCAGAGACCUUUGGUGUGCUGUUGCUCCAGGAAGGCUGUUUGCGGAGCUUCGUCCAUGGCCGCGAACGUCUGCUGCUGCCGUGCACGCCGUUCGCGGCGUCGGUCCCGGCGGUGGUGCCGUGUGGCGGCGCCCAGGCCGCGCGGCUCCUGGGCUCGGCGCAGCUGCGGAAGGCCACGGGCGGAGCUGUACCAGCCGAGCUGCGACACAUGGCUCGAUGGCGAGACACAGGACGUGUGCAUUUCUCUGCGCCGGGUGGCUUCUGUGUAAAUGCCAUAGAUGAUGCACUGUGGAUGUCAGAUCGCUUGUACAUAUUGGAGGUGGAUUUCACCUCAUCGUCACUCAGUGAUAUCCCCUCCUCUCGCGAGUUCGUUCUGCAUGCUUUGCAAGAUGGAUAUGUCGAUGCUGUGGUGCUCUCUUGGGAGGUUUGGGCUGAUAAGGAGAAGUCUCUCAAGUUGACCACCCAUGCUGAGGAUACCAAGGACAAACCGUGGGGCUUUUCUCGAGACGCUCAUUGGGGGCAGGGCUUUCAGUUCUUGGAGAGCAAUGAGAGCCUCGCGAGCGCUUUCUAUGUAACGGCCGGGGAGGAGCUGCGCCUCACUGUACGUUGGGCGGAUGAUGGUAGCAGCUGCCAAUGCUCUGUGGCUCGUGAUAGCAACGUUCCUUUGCACAUCCAGCAGCACCAAGACGACCAAGCGGAAGCCGCGGAAGCCACGGCGACGGUCCCACCCGCUCUCCCACAGGCGCCGGUGGUUCCAGCUUCGUGCGGCGCGGCUGUGGGUGUCAAGCCCUUUGAGCCGUUGUGGUUGGAAGAGGCCGCGAUCCCGUUGCUGUGCGACGCAGAGGCUGGUGAUUUUAUCAUCGACCGCCGGCUAUACGAGGAAGAUCUUCCAGCAAACUUUUUGUGCAAUCCGAACUUGAAAGGCUCCCGAAGCAUCUUCGUGCAGACGCUGAAUGACGAUUACUUUGCCUUUCUCAACCAUGAAAAACGUUUGAACUUCUUCCAUUCCGCCAUCAAGGCAAUGAUGUCGAGAUGGCAAAUCGGAACUGCAAACACCCACAGAGCUCCUAAAGUCUUGGACUUGGGAUGUGGUGCUGGGCAACUGUCCGUGUUGGCCAACCAGAUGGGGGCGUCUGUCGUAGCCGUUGAAGCCUCCAGCGAAUUCUGCCACAUCGCUGAAGAGACUUUUCAGAACGCAGGUUUCAAUGGUGGCAAUGCUGGAAAUCAGGUACAGAUGAUCCAUGCCUUGAGUUGCUGCGUGGAGUUUGAUGAGAAGAUGGAUGUGAUUCUUUGUGAACCUUAUGACAUUUUUCUCACAGGUGAUGGCGGGUCUGGCAGCCUCGAUUACCUCAUCGAUGCACGGCAACGUUUGGCGGUGAAGGCCGAGGUCAUCCCUUCAGGCGGUGCACAGUUUGCUCGGCUACUGAUGUCCUCAGAGCUGGGAAUGAGAUCCAUGGAUCGAAGUGUCUCCGAUAUCUCCUUGAAGAAUCUCGGAAGGCUGGUGGAUUCGGUGAGCUUGGUGUCGUCACGGAAGAAGGGUUUUCGCUGGAGUCGUUUGCCGGAUUUGGUGCUGAUGUCCAAACGAGUGCAGCUCUUCGAAUUGGAUUUCCAAACGAUGCAGAGGAAGGACAUCCCACGAAAAAGAAGCCUGGAGAUUGAAUGCCUCCAAGAUGGAUUUGUGGACGCGGUGGUCACUUCUUGGGAGGUUUGGGCAGGCCCCAACCGGGAGCAUAGAUUUGAAACUCAUGCUGAGGAGACACGAGACGACGGAGCUUGGAGCUUCAACAAUGACGUGGUCUUUGGUCAAGGACUUCAAUUGAUCCUGGAGGAAGG